AUCAACCAUCAACAUGGCUAAAGCAACCACUGUGAAAGAGGCUCUGGCCAAAUGGGAGGAGAAGUCUGGGGAGAAAGUGAGCGAGGCUACAGCCAUAAAACUGUACGGUCAGAUUCCACCCAUUGAGAAGAUGGAUGCCUCCCUCUCCACUCUCACCAAAUGCGAAAAGCUGUCCCUGUCUACAAACUGCAUUGAGAAAAUAACCAAUCUUAACGGUCUGAAGAACCUGAGGAUAUUAUCUUUAGGAAGAAAUAACAUAAAGACACUAAGUGGGCUGGAGGCCGUUGGAGAAACAUUAGAAGAGCUGUGGAUCUCUUAUAACCAGAUAGAGAAACUGAGGGGAAUCCAAUGCAUGAAGAAUCUUAAAGUUCUCUACAUGUCCAACAACCUUGUCAAAGACUGGGCAGAGUUUGUGAGGCUUGCUGACCUGCCGUGCUUAGAAGACCUGGUGUUUGUGGGAAAUCCACUGGAGGAGAAAUAUUCAGCUGAAGGUACCUGGAUGGAUGAAGCCUCUAAACGACUCCCCAGUCUGAAGAAACUGGAUGGUACCCCGAUCAUCAAACAGGAAGAGGAAGAAGGAGAUGGAGAAAACUGAAGAACUUCAGAGAUCUGCAAAAAUGAAGCCUCCAUCUCAGAGUCUUCCCUUUUUUAAACUUUUGUACGGUUUGUUGAGGUCCUUUUCGUUUUUAUAAAAUGAUCCUGUAUAGCACAGACUUUGUUUUUAAUCUAAAAGCACAACAAAUACAUACAGUGUGUUCGUGGUAGAAUUUAAAAAAAAAGUAAAAUACACCUAUAGUAUGAUAGGUGUUUUGAGUUUGGGACCAGUAAGGCUUUAAGGAGACCUUUUCAAGUGAAUGACAUUUUAAGUACGAUUCCUAAUGCUAGCAGUGUUAUGAAUUGUACAGUACGGUACUAGUGAAGGAAAAAAAGAGUAGAUUUACUAUAGGUGUGUUCCAAAUUGCAUACUACUGUACUAAAAACUAAAUAUUUUAAGUGCAUAAAGUGCAUUCAAACUGAGAAGAAUGAAAAUUGCAGUGCCGCACUCAUUCAGAGCUAAAACCAUUAAAGAAUUGAGUUUGGAAUGGUGGACACUUCCACCUCUAAAUCAACGGCACAUUUGCAGCGUAGCAGAACUUACAUCACAGACUUCUGAAAUGUCAAAAAUAGCAGCAGGGGACAGCAGUGACCAGGCUGCUAUGAAUAUUUCCCCACUGAGUAAGUUACAUACUUAUGUUUAUGUUGUUGUCAGACAGUCAGCUGUGUUUGUUUACUAAGGCAUUAAUUUUGUGGUGUGUGGUUGGUCAUAGAUGUCUGGUCAGAUUCUGAACAGUUUUGUUUGCACUCAGCCUCUAUAAAAGUAGUAGAAGAAGAACGAGGCGUAUAAUGGCUGUCAUUUCUCAGAAGUGCACAACAGUUAUGUAGGAUUGAAAAAACUAGGGCUGUCAGCAUUAAUACAUUUAUCAUGAUUAAUUAAGGUCCAUAUUUAGGAAAUUAAUUUCUCCAAUUGCAGUUAACGUCUGGCUUUAUUGUCCUUUAAGCACAUUUGUGUCAAACCAUGUCUAGCUCCUCCCUGCAGCUCUUCUGCUGUGCUGAAGUCAUCAUCUAGUGUUGCCUAGCCUUGCCUUGUCUGAGAUUCUGAGAUUACUCUAUAAAUUGCUCGACAGCCCUGAAGAACCACUACUCUUUCAGGAUCAGUCCUGCUUGCUUGCAGUAAAGUAUGCAAUUUGGAACACAGUGAAUGUGAUUUCACUGUGACUGCAGUUAAUUUACACGCACCUAUAUGUUUUCCUACAAAAGCUAUAGCACAAUGUAGCACUUACACAGCACUCAGUGUUUUACAUGCAGUCAGAAAAGUUAAAUUUUUAGUCAGUCUGACAAAAACUUUACUUUUAAAAUGCACGUAAACAUUUUAGUCCAACUGAAAUCCUACUGAAUGGGAUUUCCUGAAGUUGGACGAACUGGCUGAGGCUGAUUAAUUCUUACAUGUAGGGAUGGGAAUGAACAGUAGUUUCAGUACUUGAGUACUCACACGACCUAAUGAUCAAAACGUGCCUCUCAGAGACAAAAUAGCUUUCAGUAAUAUAUGACUCCAUGGACAGAUCUGCCCACCAGUCUGCUCUUAUACACGCACGCAGCUGUUGUUAGCUGUACUAGUGGUUUUUACUAACACUAUUAACACGCUGAAGUCUUCUCCUUCCACACAGCAUGAGCAUAUCUCCACUGAACAGUUUCAUUAGCAGCAGACUAAUCUUCUGGUAUCAUCACAAACAUAUAUAUUAACAGGCUAAUGUCUUCUAUUUGAGUUGUUUGUCCCUUGAGAGUCACCAUAGCUAUCAUGUUGUUGCUCAUAUAGUUCACAAAGUCAGAGCUGUGGCUGGAAAAGCUACACAUCUGUUUAUUUUUCUUACUUUUAUUAUUUCCUUCCAAGUAUUUUCAGUUAGACAAACUCUGAAAGUCUACACAUGUAACACCAAAUCACUAAAAAUAUUGCAGCAUAAAACAGUGAGUGCACAAAGCAUAAGCAAUGAAACAUUACUUGAGUAAUGAUGGCCACAUUGAGUACUCAAAUACAUGUACCCAUCUCGAGUGCACACCUCAGUCAGACCCAAACUGGACUAAGCCUGCUGCACAUCCUCCAUGAUGGGCUAUGACCUGGAAGUCAAACAUGAGUUAAAAUGAUGCUAAGCAUCGCAGAAGUCUUUUUAUUGUCUGCCUUCAGAUGUCAGCAUAAGCUAAAGGAAGAGGUGCUUCAUAACUGUGCCAAAAGUAAAGCAAAGGGCAUGCAGGAAAUGUACAGAGCUGUAAAAUUGUUCAUGUUUUUGCCGUCCGACAUACAACCUGUUGGCUGACUUGGAACGAGGUCCCACAGUAACUGAACGAAAGCAUGUUUGGACAUGCUUCUUUUAAUACACACAUUUUUUCCCCUGGUGUGGGCUGUAACUGUAGCUCUACUAAACCAUGCAUGUAAGCAUACUGACUGACCAAAUGUUUAGGUAAAACACCUGGCUAAGCUAUACAGACAAAACACUGUGCUCCCUCAGUAACAUCACAAUGGAAAAUAGCACAUAUUUUUUCCUAAUUGUUAACAAAAUUCAGGAAUUUGCCGAAACCAGGGUCUUUUACAAGCCUUUGACUUCUCAGGGUAGUGAGCAGGGAAACCAUUAAAACAAGUUUUCUCUACUAUCCUUCUCAUAGGGCAUAGAGGGGCCAUUUGUGGAACAAAAAAAGUUUAAAGUGAAAAAUUAAACAACCAGACAAUGUCUUAAGCUCUGUCCCACACUGUGUUUUUAGAUUUUCUUCUUGAUAUGGCACUGAGGUCAUAAAGUUUAUGUUUUAACAUGAUUGUAUUAAGUUUUAACACUAAUUUGCAAGAUCUACUAUCAUUGACCACUUUAUUAGGUAUACCCGGUACACCAGGUGAAUCUAGUGACGUGGCUUCUGAUUGUACUGUUAAGGCUGUAAAAUAUUCAUUUGAGUGUAUUGACAGUUUCUCAUUAAUUUCAGUGCAAUACAAAAAACUCAAAUAUAUGCAAGUGUAUUGUUAAUUAAAUAGUAUGUUUUACAAGUGUUGCGGGCCUUAUAUUUUAUUAAUACUAUCUUGAAAGCGGUGUUUUUUUCUAGACUCAAAUAGAGAUGAAUAAGACAAAUACACUUGCUUGGAUUUGAGUUUUUUGGGA